AUGGAAGGAAAAAGCACCAUUCACAGUGGGGAGAUAUUGUACACGUGUUGUACGUGUGGACAAGGCUUCAGCAGAUCAUCUGCCCUGUCACAACAUAAAUACAGUCACACUGGGGAGAGGCCAUUCGUCUGUUCUGACUGUGGGAAACGAUUCAUCCAAUUAUCCACCGUGCUGAAACCCCAGCAAGUUCACACACAGAACAGACUGUUUAAAUGCUCAGACUGUGGGAAGUGUUAUAAAAGCUCUGGCGCCCUGAAGCUGCAUCAAUCUGUUCACACUGGCGAGAGACCCUUCACCUGCUCAGAAUGUAGGAAGACGUUUGCUCGAAAAUCCAUCCUGCUGAAACAUCAGCAAUUUCACACAAAGGAGAGACCUUAUAAAUGCCCCGACUGUGGGACAUGCUAUAAAAGACAUAGAACAUGCAACAGUACAGCACAUGACGAGAGACCGUUCAGGUGCUGUCACAGUGGUGCUGGGUUCAAGUGGUCAACCCAACUUGCUGUACACCAGCGAUCUCGCACAGGAGAGAGGCUGUACACCUGCACUGGCUGUGGGAAGGGAUUCACUCUGAAAUCCAGCCUACUGAAACACCAGCGAGUUCAUGAGAAUUGA